AUGGGUGACAAAACGGACCUCGAAAAGCUGCAGGAGAUGGUCCAGAUGUUGAUAGACGAGAGAGAUGCGGAAAGGGCAGCCCGAGAGGCGUUGGAAAAGAAGAACAAAGAAAUACUACCCGUGAUGAACAUGUUCAAUCAUGGGAAUAUGAUUACUUUUCCCGAAGGUCCUCGUAUUGAUGCUAACAAUUUCGAGUUACGCAUGACCCUUAUACAAAGGGUCGAGCAAACUCCUUUUGCAGGUAGGGCCGCAGAGGACGCCAACCGCCAUCUCUCCAAAUUUGUGGAAAUCGCAAACACACUCAAGUUAAAUGGUGUCGACGACGAUGCCAUAAGGGUAAGACUCUUUCCCUUUUCAUUAACUGAUUCCGCUAAAGAGUGGUUUGAGUGUAUGCCACCAGAGAAGGUUUCCACAUGGAAGGACAUUGUAGAUGCCUUCCUCGACAAGUAUUAUCCGCCAGGCACUAUCUUGAAGUUAAAGAGCGAAAUCUUCCAGUUCAUUCAAGGCAAUGACGAGCCCCUUUACGAGGCGUUUGCUCGUUUCAAAGCCCUUCUCCGAAAAUUCCCUAACCACGGUUUUACCAUGGACCACCAGGUAGGAAUCCUUUAUAACGGAUUUAACAAAAAUAUUUGUGCUAUGUUGGAUUCAGGGGCAAACAGAGGCUUUUUGAGAAGGUCAGGGGAAGAUGCCAUGGCGGUAAUCGAGGAAUUCACCACCAACAGCAUGAAGUGGUCGAAAGAAAGGCACAACAUGAAGAGGAUAGCUGCAAUCGAAGAGGCCGAUGAGAGCUCUUUUGCGAAGGAAUUGGCCGAGUUCAAGGUUAGGGUAGACCAAAUGGACACAUCGAGGAAGGAGGAUCCGAUUCCACCAACCUCCAUCAUAACGGUCUCUAAACCCAAAGUCCCUGCCCCGUUAGUGGAGGAAAUCAACUACAUGCAAGGAGGAGUUUCCAACAGAAAUUACAACAACAAUUAUCGCCCUAAUCAGGGGACGGGAGGAUUAGUUGAACCAAGCAAAAAGGAGGAGAAGUAUGAUCAAGGAAUCACAAGGAUCUUGGAAGUAAUUACACAAGACAGAAAAGUUAAUGAUACCAAGAUCGGAGUGGUUGACGCUAGAAUAAACAACCUCGAGCAAGGAAUGAACACGAUCCCAACUGUCAUAGCAAACAUCAACACUCAAAUGGAGCAAAUCCAAAAGAAGUUAGAUGAAGACAAGGCGAAGGCAGCCGCACGAGUGGACGACAUAAACAAGAAGUGA